AUGGCCCCCCAGAGGAUUCUAAAGAGUCAAAGAGAUGAUUUUCGAGAGCCCUCAAACUUUCCUAUUGUUGUAUGGAGACCAUCGAGGGGGGAGGAGAGUGCGUGCGGGGGGUCUCUGGACGCACUCAAGCCAUCUCUAGACGCACUCAAGCCAUCUCUGGACGCACUCAAGCCAUCUCUAGACGCACUCAAGCCAUCUCUGGACGCACACAAGCCAUCUCCGGACGCACUCAAGCCAUCUCUAGACGCACACAAGCCAUCUCCGGACGCACACAAGCCAUCUCUGGACGCACUCAAGCCAUCUCUGGACGCACUCAAGCCAUCUCUGGACGCACUCAAGCCAUCUCUAGACGCACACAAGCCAUCUCCGGACGCACACAAGCCAUCUCUGGACGCACUCAAGCCAUCUCUGGACGCACUCAAGCCAUCUCUAGACGCACACAAGCCAUCUCCGGACGCACACAAGCCAUCUCUGGACGCACUCAAGCCAUCUCUAGACGCACACAAGCCAUCUCUGGACCCUCUCAAGGCAUCUCUGGACGCACUCAAGCCAUCUCUGGACCCCCUCAAGCCAUCUCUGGACCCCCUCAAGCCAUCUCUGGACCCCCUCAAGCCAUCUCUGGACCCCCUCAAGCCAUCUCUGGACGCACUCAAAGCCAUCUCUAAACGCACACAAGCCAUCUCUGGACGCACUCAAUUAGCCAUCUCUGGACGCACACAAGCCAUCUCUGGACGCACUCAAGUCAUCUCUGGACGCACUCAAGCCAUCUCCGGACGCACUCAAGCCUGA